AUGUCUAAACAGACGUACCUACCGCCAGCUCUGGCCCUUCUCCCGCUCCCCAAGCCCCACGUUCUCUACCCGUACCUCCAGGUAUCCAUCACACUCACUACCGAUGUCGUGAGCCACCUCCUCGCCACCCUGUCGGAGCAGACCGAAACCCACAAGGCCGAGACACGCGACCGCUACGUCGCUGCCGUUCCCGUCACAGAGGGAGACCGUCGUAUAGGCCGAUGGGCGUGUGCUGCUCGUGUCAAGCGCAUUUUCCGCGGCAAGGACGACUCGAGCGACGAAUGGACCUGCGUUCUUGAGGGCCUCACUCGUAUCCACCUUCCCCGGGCGCUCCCACCUACGCUCUCGAUUCUGCCUCCUCUGCCCAUCCCAGUUGUGCCGUAUGCGCUCCCUGUCCCACCGCCCACUCUCCACAGCGUCGACCUGAUGCCGGUGGCGGCCAAGCUCCUCCCUCCCGAGCUCCACCCCAAGCUCGGCGCGCUUCCCCCAGGCGUCCAGGCCGACCUGCUCGCAAGCACCUUGCGGUUCGAAUGGGACUUCCGUGUCGACCUGCUGGCGACCCCGAACAUUGACGAGCGCUGUGGUCGUGUGCGGGCCCAAAUGGUCCAGAUCAUGUUCGACAAGGGUAUGACCCUGCCGGAUGAGCCCCGCAAGCCACAGUCGCCGCAGUCAAUGGCCCUCGUCCCCCGCCGCCAAGCCGGAGCCGCUGGCCCCGCAGGGCAGGCUGCGAUAGGACCCCCCAAGCCCCAGCUGCCCGACGACCUCAAGCCGCUCGACGCCCUCUUCCAGAAGCGUCGCGAGGAGCUCAGCCCCGCGGCUACCGAGGCACUCGAGCGUGAGCUCACUCGACUGGCCAAGAUUCCGUCCCAGGCAGCCGAGUAUGGUGUGUCCAAGACCUACUGCGAGUGGCUCCUUUCCCUUCCUUGGAAGCGAGUGAGCCAAGGCAAGCGUGUCGACCUUGACACUGCACGUAAGACUCUCGACGACGAGCAUGAGGGACUCCAGGACGUCAAGCGCCGUGUGGUUGAAUACCUCGCCGUGUACCGCCUGAAGCGUGACCUCUGGGAGGACAAACAUGUCAAGGAAGUCGAGGCGGAGAAGAAAGAGGCCGCUGUCAAGGCUGAAGUGGAUGCCGCCAACGCUGCCGAAGCUCCCAAGGAGGAACAGGAGACUGCCGAAUCCGAGCAGGAAGCCGAGUCCAAGAAUGCAGUCAUCCCCGCGAUGCUGGACGACUCGCCCCCCAACGAUGUCUUCCGUGACAAGGCGCCCAUUCUCCUCCUUGUCGGCCCACCUGGUGUUGGCAAGACGUCUAUUGCGCGCUCCAUCGCCCAGGCUCUUGGUCGCAAGUUCCACCGCAUCUCGCUCGGCGGUGUACGUGACGAGGCCGAGAUCCGUGGCCACCGCCGGACCUACGUCGGCGCCCUUCCCGGUCUCUUUGUGCAGGCCCUCCGUCGCGUCGGCGUGUCCAACCCCGUCAUGCUCCUCGACGAGCUCGACAAGGUCGGCACGUCCAACUACCACGGCGACCCGUCAGCCGCGCUCCUCGAGACCCUCGACCCGGCGCAAAACUGGGCCUUCCACGAUCACUACCUCGGCGACGUGCCCGUCGACCUCUCGCAGGUGACGUUCAUCGCCACAGCCAACUCGCUUGACACCAUUGCCGCCCCCCUGCUCGACCGUUGCGAGGUCAUCGAGUGCAGCGGAUACGUCACCGAUGAAAAGCUCGCCAUUGCGCGCCGCUUCCUCCUUCCCAAGCAGACAGUCGAGAACGGUCUCGGUGACGGUGGUGUGUCUGCCGACGACGAGGUCCUCACGCGUGUCGUCACCGACUACACGCGCGAAGCAGGUGUACGCUCCCUCGAGCGCGAGCUUGCCAAGCUGUGCCGUGCCAAGGCAGUUGAAUUUUCAGCCUCGCGCGACGGUGGAUCACCCUACAACCCCGAAGUCUCUGUUGACGACCUCGAGACCAUCCUCGGCAUGGCAAAGUACGAAGCCGAGGUGCGCGAGCAAACCGUCCGUCCAGGUGUGGUCACUGGUCUUGCGUACAAGGGCUCGGGUAACGGUGGUAUCCUCCUUCUCGAGAGCGCGCUCGUCCCUGGCAAGGGUGGACUGCGCCUCACUGGCAGUCUCGGCGAUGUCAUCAAGGAGAGCGCCGAGCUCGCGUUCGCGUACGUCCGUGCCCACAUGCACAUCCUUGGCAUUAGCCAGGAGCUUCUCGCGGCCAACGAUAUCCAUCUUCAUUUCCCCGCCGGUGCAGUGAAGAAGGACGGCCCGUCGGCCGGCGUCGCCAUCCUCCUCGCGUUCAUUUCGCUGCUCACCGGCCGCCCCGUCGACCCCACCAUUGCGUUUACGGGCGAGAUCACGCUGCGCGGCGCCGUCACUGCCGUGGGCGGCAUCCGCGAAAAGUGCCUCGGCGCGCACCGUGCGGGCAUCCAGCGCGUGAUCAUGCCCGCCGCCAACGAAAAGGACGCCCACGACCUGCCGGCCUCGACGCGCAGCAUGACCAUCGAGUAUGCGCGUACUGUCGAGACAGUCCUGGACCUCGUCUGGGGCCGCGCGGUGUGGGCCGACGGCCGCAUGCGCGACGCAGCGAGGCUCUAG